AUGAGUUUAGGAUUUAAUGCUGUAAGGUUUAAAUAUAAUGCGAAUUAUAGAAGGAAUGCAAAUGUGAGAUUCAAUGAGGUGCAGGUGGAACGAGUGAAUAGCGAAUGUUGCGAAAGGAAGCUGAUCUCUACGAUUGUGAAUGUGGAAGAAUAUCACAAGACAUGUAUAACAGAGGUUAGCAAGCUUGGAUCAAGAUGGAGAAAUGUGUAUAGGGUAAAGCUUGAAAAGCAAUUUGAUUAUGUUCCUGGAGACUCAAUUGGAAUUAUCUGCCCAAAUAGUGAUGCAUUAGUUUGCGGAAUAAUGGAGAUGCUUGAGAUAGAUGAUUUUGUGUGUAAGAUCACAAGAGGAGGGAAUGAAGCAUUUAGCUAUGUGGGGAGUGUACGAGAGUUUUUCAAAUACCAUUUUGAUUUCUCAGGACAUCCUAGGCGAUCUUUUAUGCUUAGGCUUAGUGCAGGAUGCGACACUGAGGAGAAGAAGAGGCAUGUUGAGUAUUUAUGCUCAAAUGAAGGCACGGAUGAUUACUUGAGGAUGAGCAGCCAGUGGAACAAUGUGAUUGACUUUUUGAAGACGUUUAGAAUCAAGCCUGGGCUAAGCGAGCUGAUAGGAGAAUGCGGACUUGUGAAGCCUAGGUAUUUUUCAUUGAUAAACAGGAAUGGCUGCAACUCUGAGAUUCUGGUUGGGAUAACAAGUAAGCAAUUCGAUUCGUUUGUCAGGUAUGGGCAUGUGUCUGAUUAUUUACUUAGCCUGAAUGGAGUUGGAGAAGUAGAAGUGAGCUUGAGAAAGAACUUACUGUUCAGGCUGUCACCUGAAACCAAGAAGAUUAUUGCGAUAUGCACUGGAACCGGAGUGGCGCCGUUUCUAUCUUUUGUCAAGAAUCUUGAGCCGCAUCAAUCGAUCUGGAUUGUCUAUGGAUUUAGAGAUGAGGAAGAUAACAUAUAUAAAGAAAUAGCCAGUUAUGACGAAUUUGCUUGCAACAAUAGAGUAAAGAUAAGCAAGGCUAUGUCAAGCAAAGGUAUAUAUGUUACUGAUUAUCUGAACGCAAAUAUGAAUAGCGUCAAGGAAUAUGUAGAUAGUGAAUGCACCAUAUAUGUCUGUGGAAGAAUGGAUAUGCAAAGGAUGGUGUUUGAGAUAUUCAAGAGUGAAAUCCCCGAAGCUAUUGAAAGCAAGAGGCUUGUGUUUGACCAGUGGCAUUGA